GUAUCACAUGGCUAAAGCUUUGUUUACGUUGAAUCAUGUCAUUUGUUGCAUGUACUUUGUGCAAAGUUCUUGCAAUUUUACACCUCAUUUUACCAAACGACCUCAUGAUCGACCUUCAACGACCGUAGAAUCAGUGAUUGUUGUCAUUUCCUGAGUAAAUUCGACUCAUUUCUCAAGCCAUCACUAAAAUGACUGCGUUGUUGCUUGGCUGGUUUCGACCAUGCUUCGCUUCAAAGCUCUGCGUAGUUUGAAAAAUUGUUUUCUUUCUGGAAAAAUGGUUGACGCUAAGAUCAAAGAUUUCGGCUAUAAUUUAUGUCGAAAAUAUCUCGGUGGGAAUGGAAGAAAAUCAGUCCACAACAUUUUGAAAUUGAACGAAUUCAUGGUGGAUUAACGAAUCAUUUGUUUCUGUGCUCUCUGCCACAUGAAUAUGCAAAUUCAAAUCCUGAUGGUGUGAACAAAGCACUGCUUCGGCUAUAUGGUGCAUUCUAUGCAGAUUGGUCUGACAACAAUGUUCGCAUGAUGGAGGAAUGCAUCAUUUGUGGCCUUUUAGCUGAAAAAAAGAUGGCACCAGAGUUGUAUGGUAUAUUUCCUGAAGGAAGACUUGAACAGUUUAUUCCUAAUGUUCGAGCAUUGACUAGUCAGGAAGUCCAGUAUCCUCGUUUAUCACAACAAAUAGCUGAGCAUGUAGCUGCGUUUCAUAAGCUAAAACUUCCUCUCUCAAAGGAAGGAACUUGGUUUUUGCAUUGUUUACCAAAAUUUGUGAAGGAAAUUGAAGGUCUUAAAUUUUCCAAUGUUGAUAAAUUAAAGAUCUUGGAUGAAAUUUUUCAUAAAUUUGACAUUGAUGAAAUUCUCAAAUUUAUCAGAGGAUACGAUAUUGGUAAUCAUUUCAGUGAAUGGAUAUUUGAUUAUAACCAUCCACAUUAUCCCUUUUUUACCGGAGACGUCACAAAAUAUCCUUCUUAUGAUCAAAAGGUAUUUUUUGUCCGUGCGUAUUUACAAGCUUACAAUGAAACGACUGACGUCACGUUAGACGAGAUUGAAAAAGUUAUCGACGAAGGUGACAGAUUGUCUCUUCUUUCUCAUUUCUUUUGGGCAAUGUUUUCAAUUCUUCAAAGUUAUAAAUCCUCGAUCAAUUUUGGUUAUCUCGAAUACGCACUUUUUCGAAUGGAAUGCUUAAAUCAUUUCAGGCAUUUUUCCGAGGAGAAACCUGGAGACAAGUUGCGUCAUGAUAAUGGUAAAAUCCAUUGUGAUGUUUAGGGUGAAUUUUGAGCCCGUCACAAGUUGCGGAUGAUCGAGAAAUUAAUUUUUUGGUGAUUAGAGAGAAUAUCAUUCAGAUGUAGCAUGUAUGUAAAUUAUCUCCACCAACACAAUUGUUUGUUUGGGUCUUCAUUCAAAGUCUUCUUGAAUAACUGGGUUUGUUUUCAAUUUAAAAAUUACAAACAGUAAUGGGCUUAAA